AUGUCGGAGCCUAUCGCUAUCAUCGGCACAGGAUGUCGCUUCCCUGGCGGCGCCGACACGCCUUCCAAACUUUGGUCCGUUAUACGUGAUCCUAAGGACCUAAGUCGCAAGCCGCCAGACUCACGAUUCAACAUCGACGCAUUCUACCACCCCGUGGGAACACAUCAUGGCACAACCAAUGCUCUGCAGUCAUACUGCCUCGAAGACGAAGGUCGAAGCAAUGUCACUGAAUUCGAUGCCGGUUUCUUCAAUGUCCAGGCUGCCGAGGCUGAUGCCAUGGACCCGCAGCAGCGAUUGCUAAUGGGAGUUGUCUAUGAUAGCUUGUGCGCAGCUGGCCAAUCGAUGGAGAAGUUACGCGGCUCGGACACAGCCGUUUAUGUCGGAUGUAUGUGUGACGACUAUAAUACCAUGUUAACUCGUGACUGGGAGACGUUGCCACGUUAUACGGCUACCGGACUUGAAAGAGGGAUACUUGCUAACCGCAUCUCCUAUUUCUUCGAUUGGCAUGGUCCAAGUCUCUCCAUCGAUACGGCUUGUUCGAGUAGCUUGGUAGCGCUGGAUCAUGCUGUACAAGCGAUCCGCAGUGGUCGAUCCAAGAUAGCGGUUGCGGCAGGGACCAGUUUGAUUCUCAGUCCAGCAAUGUACAUCUCGGAGAGCAAAUUGGGGAUGCUCUCCGCCACUGGCCGUUGCGCCAUGUGGGACGUCGCUGCGGACGGUUAUACCCGCGGAGAGGGAGUGGCUCCCGUCGUACUUAAAACCCUCUCUCAAGCUCUUGCCGACAACGACCCGAUCGACUGCAUCAUCCGCGAAACGGGUGUUAACCAGGAUGACCGUACUCCUGGUUUGACUAUGCCCAGCAGCCUUGCUCAGGCAGCUCUCAUUCGGCAGUGCUAUGCGAAAGCCGGAUUGGACCCCGUUAAUAACCCCCAGGAUCGGCCACAGUUCUUCCAAGCUCACGGAACCGGUACUCAAGCAGGUGACCCCCAAGAGGCAGAGGCAAUUGCGAACGCUCUCUUUCCCGGGGGAUCUCGUGCUGCAUCGACCUCAGAAAAGCUUCUCGUUGGGUCGGUCAAAACCGUCAUUGGCCACACUGAAGAUACCGCCGGCCUUGCUAGUGAGAUUACGACGUCUUUGGCUCUCAAGCAUGGAAUUGUUCCGCCAAACCUUCAUUUUAAGAAUUUGAACCCGAAGGUUGCUCCUUUCUACGACCAUCUUGAGAUUCCCACUGCCCCAACACCGUGGCCAAGCACCAAUGGCAGUGAUGUCAGACGGGCGAGCGUGAACAGCUUUGGAUUUGGAGGCACCAAUUCUCACUGUAUUCUGGAGCUGCCGCUGUCUAAACCCACGCCAGAUUCCAGCUCGGUCGCCCUGUUCACGCCACUAGUGUUCUCAGCUGCUUCCGCGACAUUGCUUCGAACAAUGCUCUCAUGGCAUUUAGACUACCUAAAGACAAACCCAGACGUCAAGCUCACGGAUCUCGCCUAUACGCUCCAACACAGGCGCUCUACACUCCCAUACCGCACGAGCAUUGUGGCGCGGGACGUUCCCGCGGCCAUUGAGUCGCUGGAGGGCAUUGUGAGCCCAGCGCCUGAUCAGAAAGCAGGCCCUGGCCUCGACACCCGUUUUGCAACACUCCCGCGAGCCGCCAAAGUGAUAGGCAUCUUCACUGGCCAGGGUGCUCAAUGGGCUCGUAUGGGGGCUGAGCUGAUCGAGAUCUCCCCUUUUGCGUCAUCCCGAAUGGAGCAGCUUGAUGAGGCACUGCAGAGUCUCCCGAAUGCAGAAGACAGACCAGUUCACGCAUUGGCGCAAGCGGCUCUUUCACAGCCACUGUGCACUGCCGUCCAGAUCCUUCUAGUCGAUAUUCUCCGCGAGGCUGGCGUCCACUUCACAGCCGUUGUAGGCCAUUCCUCUGGAGAAACUGGCGCGGCAUAUGCAGCAGGGUUUCUUUCCGCCCAAGACGCCAUCAGAGUCGCCUAUUUCCGAGGCGUUCACGCCAAGCGGUCUGCAAGCCCAAAUGCUCAUUCUCCUCGUGGUGCCAUGAUGGCUAUCGGCGCUUCGGCAGAAGAUGCAGCCGCCCUAUGCCGGGAAGCAAGGUUCGAAGGGCGAUUGCAGGUAGCCGCAGUGAACUCCAAUUCCAGUGUCACACUUUGCGGCGAUGAAGAUGCCAUAAACGAGGCAGAAGCAGUAUUGAAAGCGGAGCGUACGUUUGCGCGAAAGCUCAAAGUGGACACGGCCAACCACAGCGCCCACAUGCUGUCCUGUGCUGGUCCUUAUCUUGCCUCCUUGUCAGGCUGUGGCAUAAAGACCCUUCGGCCGUCCGACGACGUGGCAACGCAUUGGUUUUCAUCCGUGCACAGAGGAAUGGUUAUGACUCCAGACGCGCUCUCGAAUCAGUACUGGGUGGACAACAUGUGCAAUACUGUUGAGUUUGCCGGUGCACUCAAUGCUGCUAUCUUGCACAAUGGUGCAUUUGACGUAGCCAUUGAGGUUGGCCCGCAUGCUGCGCUUCAAGGUCCUGCUCUAGCCACAUUAGACGCGCUCCGAGCAGAAUCAAGCACACCAUAUACCUCCUCCGCACUCGGAUACAUUUGGGCACAAUUAGGGUCGGAGAGCAUCCGAUUCUUCGCCGUACAGGCCUUGUUGUCCGGGGAAGGAAACCCAUCAGUGCUUCAAGAUCUGCCCCCUUACCCCCGAAUCCCGAACCACUACAAGCACAGAGACCCGAGGCACGUGACCAAUGCAUUUCAAUGGAGGAAAAUGCUUCAGCCAAGCAAAUUGCAUUGGCUCAAGGGCCACAUGCUUCAAGGGCAGACGGUGUUCCCUGCUACAGGGUAUUCCUGCCCGGAUACUCCGGUCAGCCUUAUUAGGCUUCAAGAUAUCGACAUUCCACGCGCCAUCGCAUUUAACGACGAUUCGUCCACCGUCGAGGCGAUAUUCAGUGUGACGGCUGAGUGGGCUUGCUACUCUGUGCCCGAGGGAGCGGCUGCCUCAGUGCUGAACGCCAAAGGGCGCGUGUGGUGUCGUCUCGCCCCUGCCGAGCCAGAUAUUCUUCCGGUUGUGAAGGCGGACGCCUAUAAUCUUGUAGAUGUUGAUGAGGAACGGUUCUACGCCAACCUGUCAGGUAUUGGUUACGACUAUGCUCCGCCGUUCCGUGGCCUCUCAAAUAUCCGUCGUAAACUUGACUACAGCACUGGAGACCUACAAGACCAAUCUGGAACCGGUUGGGACGACAAUCUCGCAUUGCACCCCGGCAUGCUCGACUCUGCCCUGCAGACCGUGUUCGCAGCCUGGUCAUACCCCGGCGACACCUCAAUCUGGUCGUUGCAUGUUCCGGUGUCUAUCUCCUCAGUCACUAUCAAUCCUUACUUUACAAGUCUUAGUGAAGGAGGCAAACAGGCUACUCUGCGCUACGAAAGCCACAUUCGAAGCAGGAAACCCUCUACAGUGGGCGAGCAUGCGUUCGUGCAGUUUGAAGGAGCCACCCUCGUUCCAUUCUCAAGAGCUACAUCGAAGAAUGAUCUUCCGAUCUUUUCCAAAUUCGAAUACGGUGUUGCAUUUCCAGACGGACAGGUGGCUGCUAAUGGUGAAACCAUGUCCGAAUUUGAGAAUGCCAUAUGCUCUGGCCCCACUGGGCGCUGGUUAGCUCGCAUCCUGUCGCAGAUUGCGCACCGUCACCCAAGCUUGGAUAUCUUCGAAGUUGGUGCAGGAACGGGCGCAACCACCAGUGCUGUACUCAAGGAAAUGGGCGACACAUAUUCGUCUUACACCUUCACAGACAUCUCCAGUGGCUUUUUCAUCGACACAGAGGAGCGCUUCGCCAAGGAGGCCGGUCGUAUAGUCUUCAAGACAUUCAACAUGGAAAAAGCGUCUUCAGGUCAAGGCUUCGUUGAGGGUGUUUACGAUGUUGUUGUCGCUGUUAACCUAUCGAACGUAUGGCGUCUCCUGAAGCCAGGCGGCUUCCUCGUCGUCGCAGAGCUGACAUCCACCGAGCUGCUCUUCAGCGGCAUGACGGUUGGGACGCUUCCGGGCUGGUGGAUUGGUGCGGAAACUGGACGACCAUGGGGACCACUGCUCACUCUACGCCAGUGGGAUUCUACGUUGCGAAAGGUGGGAUUCUCGGGCAUCGACACUGUUAGUCCGGACAUUAGCGCCUCACUUCCCAUGUCCGUGUUUGUGGCACAGGCCGUCGACGACCAAAUUACUUUGUUGCGAAACUCUCCCACUGCCCGAGAGCGACCGGCCAAUGUGCGCAAUGACGACCUCGCAAUUGACGUUGCGCACGUACUCUCGCACCGCUUCCAGAACAAACAACACUUCGAUACCAUGGAAGGAUUUGCCGCUUCGGAUCUGGCUGCCUCCAAGACUUCCAUUACUGUUCUCUCUUUGGUGGAUCUGGACAGGCCUUACCUCGAAGAGCUGACACCCGCGAAAUUCGAUCCACUCAAAACGCUGUGGGCUGUUGGCGGAACCGUCGUAUGGGUAAACUGUGGCGCAAAGGCAGUUCGGCCCUACAGCCAUAUGAUGAAGGGCAUCAUCCGCACUGUGCAAACGGAGUACCCGAAUCUGAGUGUACAAAUGUACGACUUGGACCCCAAAGUGAAUGGUGGCACCGGGAUCGAGCAACGCACAGCAACCGAUUUGGCUCUGAACCUGCUCAGAGAGCAUAUUCUUCACGAGUGGGGUACCAACAGUGGAUUGCUGUGGACACCAGAACCUGGGAUUACUGUCAGCGAGGGGAAGGAGCUGUUUACCCGACUUGUGCCAGAUGUGGAGAAGAAUCAGCGUUAUAAUGCCCGCCGGAGAGAUGUCAUCACAACAGCAGACGCAGCUCAUGAGACGCUCCAGCUUGUCGCUGUUGAGCAAAGCGAGAAAGAGUGGUCAUUGGAGCUUCAGAAGACAUCCCCUCUGCGCUUGUCCCGUCGCUUGGCCGCUGGACAACGAAACGUGCGAGUCAAGUACUCCUUGCUUCAAAGCCUAGCUGUCGGCGUAGGCGGAUAUUCCGGACUGUGCCUCGGGACUGAUGAAGAUACUGGCGAGACCAUCAUCGCUCUUACCGAAUCCUCCGCUUCUCUUGUACGAGUCCCGGAUCACUGUUGCGUAUCUAUCGGAAACACUUCCUCGCCAUCGCUGCUCGCGUCUGUCGCCAAUAAUCUCAUCGCACAACGGAUCCUGUCCCUUGUUCCCAAGGGCACCACAUUGCUCGUCAAUGAGGCCGGCGUGGAAUUACAGGCGGCAGUGACGAGAAUUGCCAAUGCAACAGGUGUACACGCUGUUUUCACGAGAGCCGGAGCCCGACAACAAGGUGCCGGCCAUUCCAUCUUCCUACACCCAAAUCUCCAUCAACGCGCCAUUCUGGAAGCCAUUCCAAAUUCAGUCGCCGUAUUUGUUCAUUUCUCGCGUGGCGCUGCGUCAGACGCUUUGAGAAAAUCGAUCGUCAAAUGCGUGCCCCCGGCUUGCUUGAAGAUCGUGGAGGGAGAACUCAUGAGUUAUGAACUAAACCCUCCACCAACACCUGAGGCUGAGGCCACAAUUGUGCUCAUGCUCAAGGCCGCCGUCAACGACACUCUCGAAGUGGAUGACUUCAAAUCCGAUGUGGAAACCCUUACCCUUGAGGAUAUCACCCAGCAGACAAAGAGUGGGGCAUCUCUCCGCGUUCUUGACUGGACUACUAGCACCUCCGUUCCUGUCAAAGUUGAGCCUAUUGACAAUGGAAUCGUAUUCCGGGCCGAUCGGACAUAUCUUUUCGUCGGUAUGGCUGGUGAGCUUGGACAAUCGCUUGCGGAGUGGAUGAUCAAGCACGGUGCUAGAACUGUCGUUCUUACCAGCCGCAAUCCCAAAGUUAACCUGAAGUUCAUCGAAGAUAUGCGGAAGAGAUAUGGUGCACUUGUCAGGGCACAGUCCCUCGACAUUAAUCCCCGCCAAUUUCUCGACCGGGCACUUGGUGACAUCAAAUCCACCUUGCAUCCGAUUCUGGACGAACUCUUCGGCAAUAUGAAACUGGAGAGCUUCCGAAAGGUCACCGCACCCAAGGUGCUACGUACGCAGUUGCUCGACCAAGCGUUCUAUAAUGAUACCUCGCUUGACUUCUUCAUCCUCACAUCCGGUAUCGCAUCUAUCAUUGGAUGGACAGGUCAAAGCAAUUACUCCGCUGCCAACGAAUGGAUGACGUCUCUAGCCUCCAGCAGGCGGGCGCGUGGACUUGCAGCUUCCACCGUCAAUAUUCCAGCCGUGUUGGGCAUCGGAUAUGCAGCCCACGCCGACAACUUUGACUUCGAUUACUUCCAGUCGCUCGGCCACAUCAACAUCUCCGAGCAAGACCUGCACGCUCUUUUCGCAGAAGGCAUACUCUCCGGCCGCCCGGGUCAGGGUUCCAACCAGGUGUGCAUGGGCGUCACCUUCAUCCCACCUGACUUUGAAGUCAAGGCGUCGCACAAGCGCGACGUCAAGUUCAGCCACUUCAUCCAACGCGGCGAGAAGCAAGCUGAUAUCCAGGCAGCAAAGACCAGUGUACGCGUCAAGGUGCAGCUCCAGGUGGCACAGACUCCCGAGGAGAGCUACGCCAUCACCCGCGACGCAUUCUGGGCGCAGCUCAGACGCCUGCUGCGGAUUCCGGAAGAGGAGAAGCUGGACGGCACAACCGGCCUUGUCGAUCGCGGCGUCGAUUCACUCGUAGCCGUCGACCUGCGAGCAUGGUUCUUGAAGGAACUCGGUGUUGAUGUGCCUACGUUGAAGAUAUUGGGAGGCGGGUCCAUUGCGGACCUGAUUCGCACGGCGCUCGAGAAGAUGGUCGACGUUGCGGCGCCUGCCAUCACUGUCUCGACUGCCCAGUCAAGUGGCUCGUCUUUGGCAGCUCGGAGUCCAAGUCUCACGCCCGCUCCGCCUUCGUCGGAGUCGGCUUCUUCGGUUGCCGUCGGACUCGGAGGAGAGUUAUGA